UUUGUUUAUGCCGUCGACAGUGGAUGACAGCGGCUGCAGAGAGAGCAAACGCCGCCGGUGGGAAAACAAGCUGCGUUUGGGACAUUGUGUCGCCAACUGAGCUAUCUAGUUAGUUAAUAUCGCGCACUAUUUAUUAAUAAACAUCUCCGGAAAGUUUCCCCGGACAGCUGUGAACAGUCAGCCCGUUAUCUGUAGGUAAACCGGACACGGGAUGUAAAUUAAUCCAGACGGGACCAGCCCCGGGAGCAGCAGUCAGUCAGUCACACCCUUGUCUGGGGCGGGUGGUGGGUUUGCUACAGAAGCUCUGCCGUGCAACACUAAAAAUCUGCUAUCCUACACAUGUUGUGAUGUUUUUUGUAUCCCUAAAUGUUACCCGAGACCUGUGAGUCGGAGCUGUAGAAGAGUAUUUAACUGGAUAUGACUGACUCAUCGUUAUUAUGGCACGGACGGAGGAGAUAACCCUGAACGGUGUGACUGCUGCAGUGCCGACCAGAUAGCCUCAUAACAAGCUACACUGCAUCUACACAUCCAGUCUUUUUCUAUUAAACAUAUAUAUUAUAUAUUAUAUAUAUAUAGGCAGCGUGGCAUUAUGAAUUCCCCGAUGUACACCUUUGUCACCCGUGACGACAAUAGCACUGUUUAUGCAGAAGUUUCCAAAAUCCUCCUCUCGACUGGACAAUGGAAGAGGCUGAAAAGAGACAAUCCCAGAUUCAACUUAAUGCUUGGUGAACGGAACAGACUGCCAUUUGGACGUCUAGGUCACGAACCGGGACUGGUGCAGCUGGUGAAUUACUACAGAGGAGCAGACAAGCUUUGCAGGAAGGCGUCGUUGGUCAAGCUCAUAAAGACCAGCCCAGAGCUGUCCGACUCCAGCAACUGGUUCCCAGAAUCCUACAUCAUCUAUCCCACUAACCUCAACACCCCCGUUGCUCCAGCUACAAAUGGCAUUAGCCAUCUGAAGAGCAACCCCAAGACGGAUGAGAGGGAAGUUUUUUUGGCCUCCUAUCACUCCAAAAAAGAAAAUGGGGAGGGUACAGUGUGGAUAGCCAAGUCUUCUGCUGGAGCGAAAGGUGCUGGUAUUUUGAUAUCCCAUGAUGCUAAUCAGCUGCUGGAGUACAUCGAUAAUCAGGGACAGGUUCAUGUUAUUCAGAAGUACCUGGAGAAACCUCUGCUUUUGGAGCCGGGACAUCGCAAGUUUGACAUAAGGAGCUGGGUGCUAGUGGACCAUCAGUACAACAUUUACUUAUACCGGGAGGGCGUGCUGCGGACGUCCUCGGAGCCCUACAACAGCUCUGACCUCCAGGACAUGACCAGCCACCUGACCAACCACUGCAUCCAGAAGGAGCACUCGCAGAACUACGGACGAUAUGAGGAGGGGAACGAGAUGUUCUUCGACGAGUUCAGGCUGUACCUGCUGAACACUCACAAUGUCACCCUGGAGACCGCCGUAUUACCUCAGAUAAAGCAGAUCAUAAAGAGCUGUCUGACAUGUAUCGAGCCGACAAUCAGCACCAAGCACCUGUCCUACCAGAGCUUCCAGCUCUUUGGAUUUGAUUUCAUGGUGGACGAGAGCUUCAAAGUGUGGCUCAUUGAGAUCAAUGGAGCUCCAGCCUGUGCACAGAAACUAUAUUCAGAGCUUUGUCAAGGCAUCGUGGAUGUGGCUAUUUCCAGUGUCUUCUCCAUGAACACCGGCGGUGACUCUUCCUCUGCUUCCUCUUCUCCUUAUUCCUCCUCCCCGUCCUCCACGUUCUCUACCAACUCCUGCUCCUCUCCCAAACUGAGAGGGCCUCUUCAUGUGGGCCCUUUCACUCGACUGUAAGCACACACAAAAAUUCCCCUCGUCUCCUCCGUACUAGAAGCUUCUUCCAUGCUCUGUCCUCACUCCUAAACUCCACAGUACCCGAUAAGUAGCACACUCCAGCGAGCAGAGCCUUCACUCGUCCCUCGUCUGUCACGCCCGGAUGCGAGUCUGUCUUUUUAUGGAAAUCACUGAACUGCAGAAUUGAUCUCUGCUCUCCUGAUUAUGCAUAUUAUGAACGGGAAGAUGGUUAUGAACAGAUCAGCAAGCUUUCUGGGAGUUUCUGAAUGAGGACAGACACCCUUCCAUAUCAGUUCCACCACCAGUUUCUCCCCCAAGCAGAUUAAUGGAGGUCUGAAGGAUGCAGAGACGCUCCAACUGAGACUGUAGUGCCUUACAUUUCCAGCCAUGCUCCCUUAAAAAGACUGCCAGUUAGCUUGCUCUGUUACUGUGACUUGUACUUGUUCAAUAAGCCUUUGCACUGUUGCUCUAUAAAGUCAAUGCGGUUACGAUCAGUCCACAAGAAUUAGCGUAAAACAGAUUUGUUGAUAUUUGAGAUAUUAUGAAUUUGUGUAACUUGUCUCAUCAGACACAAUUUUAAUUUUUUGAAUUGCAGCUUUCUGUACCUAUUAAUUUCAGUGAGGAAUGCUAACAGUGAUCAAGAAGCUACGCAGAUGGAUGUGUUUAAACGUACUUACACACUAACCCAAUGUGUCUGAUGAGCUAAACAUUCAAUAUAUCAAGGUUUGCCUUGAAAACCAACAUUCCUCUUAGCUUGACCGUGUGGACACAACGUAUUAUUUACAUUCAGGGCAGCUGGAUUGCAUAAGUGAACAGGGGAGACUGUGCUUCAUCUGGCAGGUUUGAGUCUGUCCCAACAAGUUCUGCUAAAGUGACCUCUGACAUCUGUAGGGCAGAGAGUAAAUAGAAAAAGAUAUAUGUUUCUGUUCUCAACAGAUUCUUUUACAAAAUAGUCCAGCUGAAGAUGUUUUAUUUGUCAUUUGAAGAGCGCAUGUUUGUGUGAAAGCAUGUAGUAGUGUGCAUCCUCAUACAAGCCCCCAUAGCACCUUCUGCCCCCAGAGCUGCCCUAAUGUCUGUUUUAUUUCUGAUGGAUGAAAAGCUAGACUGUCUUGUGAAGUGUUGUCAGCAAGUGUGUGGAUUAUGUCUUUUGAACUGUUGAAAUGAAAGUAGAGUAGAUUGUACAAAGUGUUUUAUUAUCUCCGUCAGGUUUGGUUGCGUGUGUGUAUCCGUCCGCAGCUACACUCUUAUGCUACUGGAUCCAUCGCACUAAUAUUUUCUCUGGACAUUUAUGACUGUAGGUUCAAGGAUUCAAAAUGUUAUUGACUGCUGCUGGCUACUCUCAAUCGGCCGGUUGGGGCAAUUGAUUGACAACUGCUUCAGUUUGGAGCCUUGUUUUUGUUAGGGACAUCAAACGUGGUUCAGUCAGUGUUGGCAGAUUCUUUUGUUGGCAUUUUCAUUUUGAAGUUUACAUUUUCCAUCGCUGGUUUCCUUCCAUCCGGAGAGGUACCGGAUGUAAACCAGUCGCCAUUUACUGCGGUGGCGUCUCCCUACAAUAUGCACGCGUUUGAAUGCAAGCUGCCCUAAGAAGUGUACAAUUUUCUACUUUUCCCUUUAAUGUUACUUUUCUAAAAUGUGUCUAGGAAAUCAUGAAGAACCUGUGCCGUUACCAGCUGCUCCAACAGUAGUGGCAAACUGAACAGAAAAAAGACUGAAUGUGAAACACACAAGCCUUUAUUUCACAAAGAGUGGCCCUGUCUGAGACUGUACACAGAUUCUCUGGGCCGGUAGAGGACCAACAUGUUCACAUGGUGAGCGAUUAAUUAAAUAAUGUAGAAUACAUUUUACUGUGAUGAUUAAAUGUAGCUCUUAAUUGAUUAUGCUUGCUAGCUAGUACAGUAGUAUUACACAGUACAUCACCUGAAAUGGACAAGUGGUCAAUUGUUUUUCUCUAUAUCUAGCUACUAUCGUAACAAACAUGUAAAUGUGAAUAACACUAAGUUUGCCAUCCAUAUAAGACACCUUCAUCAGUAACUGGGGGGCCACUGCCUAACGUCGUCAAUCUACGACAUGCCACCGCAGUAAUGGCGACACCACUAGAUGGCGAAACACAAACCGAAGUCGUUUUGUGUGUUUAGUUUGUCAACUCUAGUUACACCUCGAUAAUGUAACUAAGUCCACUACUCUCAUGCACACACACUGGACACGCAGCCUGCCCUGCACACCCUGUCCCACACCCACGUGGCCCUAAACACACCUGGCGGAGACCUGCUCUCUAGCGAGUGCACUCUUCUUGUAGUUUAUUUAAAUGAUUUAAAGACCCCAUGAAAUUAAACCGAGUGGACACAAUAAAAUAACUGGAGAGCUGAUGGAGAAACAUGCAACCCUACUUCAUACUUCUUACACUGGUCUCGUAAAACAUGCUGUGUCUGGUGUGUUAUUCACCAAAGAAAAGUCAGUGGACAGCGGCUGCAAGUCUUCAUCUUGUCGCUGCUUCUUGCCGAGUUACAGCUGGUUUUUGGUCAUGUCACUGCCGCUUUCUACAUAGUUUUUUUUAAAUCAGAGUUGUAUUUCAUUAAAUACAGAUUUGUUUUGUUUCAUGGGGUCCUUAAAGUAUUUAAUUUCUACUCAUUUGACUGAAUCUCUUUGUGAAUAGAUGAGACGUUAGAGCUGUAACUGUCCAAGGUGACUUGUGUCAGAUCUGUUUUUACGUUACUGUUUGAACUACUUGUUAGAAAUGACUCUUUAGUUUUCACGUAGACAUGAAACUUUAAAUUAGUGAAAGAUCUGUGACGGCUGUACAUUGGAUAGUUGAUUCAACUGUUGUGUUUCCAGGGGCACAUUUUAACCACAUCAUAACUAGUUCAUAACGGUAUAAUCGCCUCUUUUAACCUCGGUUCAAAUAUGUGAGGCUCUGCUUCCCAUGUUGUGAGUAACAUAAGCGAAGGGACACCAUAAGAGCAUUUAUUUAUGUUUUUAAUCACUGUGUAUUUGUGUUUACAAGAUGACUCUGGGGAAUGAAGGAUAUGUAAGUGGCUGAAAGUCAGAAAGAUGGAAUAGUUACACAGCGGGUUAUACUGACAAAUCUAGCCUUUGUUCUUUUAAAGAAACGGGGCUGUUAUAAAGAUUAAUCCCAGUAACUCAGAUCAUGAUGAAUCCAUCUCUGUGAUGUAUUACAGAGCCCUGCUGUAGUGGAAAAUUAUGUUUUUGGGAAGUUUUGGAAAAGAUACUGAUGUUAGCAGAAAAUGGGUAUUUAUAACACGAUUGUGUUGGAAAAUGAGUUACAUGUGUUGUACAAAAACAAACUAUCAGUAUUUGUUUUUGGUUAAUUUGUAGGGAAAUGUCUUUCCAUCAAAGGGAAGGGUGCCUUAGAGGGAAUUGCAUAUUGAUAACAAGAGGCAAUGGACCUCCAGCAUUUAAAUGCACCUUCAUGUUGUUUGUCUGUAUUGAAGUGAGUUUGCCUCAUUCAUCUUUAGACUUCUUUUAAAUUAAAUGAUGUCAUUUCCUCUUAUUCAGAGUUUUUUUUGCACAUCUGACUCAGUCUACCGUGUUCUUAUGUGUUUCAUAUUUGUCCUGGAUUUCCUCAUGUUUACCAAAGAUCAAAAUUCAUGCUGUAUUUUCAGUGUCUAAUAAUAUUUUGUAGUUGUUAUAAUCUGGUUAUUAUCACAUCAACUGGCCAACGUGAUCCAAAAGCAAGUAUCAUAUUCAGAGGGAUGUCUGUGCUGUGUUUUUGUUAGGUGAUGUUUUAUCCAAAAUCUUGCAUGAACAUUUGUCUUUAUCAGAAACAAUAUUACUAGAAUAAAAACAAAUAUUAAUAUUACCAAGCUUCUGUCAUGUGUGCAUUUCUGCUCUCUGUGGUCCAUUUGAUUUCCUCCUGGUUCCAGCCUUUAUGCUUUGUUCUGCUAAACACAUCCCAGACCAACUGUACCGGACACAGAGAUGAAGAUCUUCUAAUAUGAUGUAAACAAAUGUACUGUUUCUCUUAUAUAUAUAUAUAAUUGUCAGUAUGAAGCAACACUAAACAAGACAAGAGAAGUCUUGUGUUUCUGGACCAUGAAUGCAGCUUGUGGGUAAGAUACACACGGCCUCGUGCAGCAACAUGCUCUUACAUUUCUCUUCUAAUUUCUUUUAUAUCACGGUCUGGGUGAAUACUCGAUUGUGAUUGGCUGCAGGGUGUCCAUUAAUCCCUGAUGUAGGACACCUACUAACUGGUUCCAGUAAAACUGUCUGUUCCCUAUUACAGCCCUGUAAUAAAUGUUCAGCUUUUGUUAGCAAUG